AUGAGAUUGAAAGGUAACGAGUUAUUUGAACGGAAGGUCCACGAUUUUGAUGCACAUGAAUUCAUUUGGCAAAGAUACACAAUGGCCAUAGCCCUUGCCCCAACCAAGUCUGAAGAGCUAGCAAUAGCUUGUACCAACAGAUCAGCUCUACUCUUACACUUGUUGAAUAUCACUGAUUCUAAUCUAUCAAAAGCCAAAUGGCUAUGCCGUAAGGCCAAGUGCUUUCAUGCCCCUGAUGACUUGCCAAGUGCUCACAAGUUGAUGCAAGAAGCUAAGGGUCACAUUGAACUCAUCACCCACAAGAACAAAGAUCACACCAAAGUGCUGACUCUGAUUGAAUUGACUGAGAAAUUAAUCAGCAAAAAAUAUUCUAACCCAAGUGAAAAAUUUAACGAUCCCAAGAUGCCAGAGCUUAACAUUGAAACAGAAGACUUUAGUAACGUCACAGACAAGUACAGUCCAAAACUAGGAAGACACCUUGUCACAACUCGUGACAUUGCCCCUGGGGAAGUGAUAUAUGUCGAAGAACUAUACUCGGUAUCUAUUUUACAUUCCAAAAAAGCAUAUCCCUUCUGCAGUCAUUGUCAUGCUGCAUGUUUGACAACAAUACCAUGUGAUUUGUGUUCAUCAGUUAUGUUUUGCUCUGAAAAAUGUAAGACCGACGCUUGGAAUGAAUACCACGACAUUGAGUGCUAUACUUUAGCGGAUUACAUGAAGGGAAAUAGUACAGAUAAAAAUCCUACAGAAAAAGUCAUUAUUGAUGGAAAUCUAAAAAUGAACAAAUUCUUAAAACUAUGCCAAUUGGUUGCAACUGAAUCAUCUUUUACUUUAGACAAUUAUUCAGACAUAGCCUUGCACACUUUGAUUUCUUUGGCUUUGAACACUACGUUUUUUGGGAAAAAAUUUAAUGCUAAAGAAUGUAAAAUUUUGUCCAGUAACAAGGAUAUUGUGUUUUUGGGAUCACUCAUUUACAGGAUUACUACAUUUGUUGCCAAUGGAAUCGAAAUUUCGAAUAUACGGGAUUUAAUGAGAAGACGAACUGGCCGUAAUUUUACCAUUGGUGCCGCAAUACCAAGUGUGUUUACUUGUUUUGUUAAACAUAGCUGUGAUCCAAAUGCCAGCAAAAUCUUUAAUCAAGCUAGUACUUUAGCCGUCUAUGCUUUGAGACCAAUAAAACAGGGUGAAAAGAUACUCGCGGCUUAUGUCGAUAAUUAUAGAAUACAGGAUAAAUUUUCGAGACAGAUGUAUUUAUUAGAAUAUCACCAAUUUACAUGUAACUGUCGAGCUUGUAAAGAAAAUUGGCCUCCUCUACUGAAUACAACUGACUCCAUAAUGAUGAUGAAACCAAAAAACUACGAAAAGAAGCUGUUUAAAACGCCACUAGAACUAGAGUUGUACAGAAAACAUGAGCCAGUGAUUGCAAAAAACUAUCAACCUAUUUACAAUUUUGUGUGCACUCAGAAAAUGUUGUCGGAUUUGGCACGAUCAAUAGAAACUGCUCUUAAAGAAAUACCCCAACCUUCAGCUGUAACCUGCUUCUUGCUUGCAGCAUUAAACUUAGUUAGUAGUCACUUGUAUUCGUAUGUAUAUCCAAUAUCUGAUAACUGCGUAACAAAUAAGUUUUCUUUGCCUCACUAA